AUGACGGCGGCGGAAGAGGAGGACGACUAUCUGCGCCUCGCGACGAGGCUGUACGCUGACUCAAAGCACUUCCUGGCAAUCAAAGCCUAUGAGCGGGCCCUCGCGCAGGUGGAGGACGCCGCCGCCGCCGCUUCUGCCUCUGUCACCUCGGGUUCAGCGUCUUUGUUAGGGCGCGGCCCGGCAGCGGGGAAUUUGCUAUUCAAGGACUUCAUCCUGCACUGCAACGCGCUUGGCGUUAAAAGCCUCGCAACCGACAUCAAAGUGGCGAAGGAUUUCUUGCGGUUGUGUCUCAAGGAGCUACAGAGGCGGGAGUAUCUUCAAGGGGACCUUGACCUCGACGACCCCAGCCGGCUUUUCAUACCUAUGCAGGAAGACAGAGGUAUCGCGUUCCUUGUCUCACUGACCCUAAACAAUUGGGCCUGCCUGCUACUGCGGUCCGGGAAUACGAUGAGGGCUGCGGCGUUUCUUCAGGUGGCACUCGCCAAUGCCGUGGCGGAAGAGAUAGUCUGCAUAAUUAGUCUUAAUAUGUGCGCGGUAAGCGUGCACAAUUGCUCCUUCCCAGAGGCGCGCGAGCGAGCACUGGAGGUGCUUCGCGAGGAGGACGAAGAAAGCGACGAGGAGGAAACGGAGCGGGUGUGUGAAAGUGCGACGGCUCGCGAGGAUGUGGAUGGGCUUCUUCGCGCCUUUGCCUAUCACUAUUUGGCCAUCGCUGAGGAGUACCUCCGGCCACACGAGGCGGAGGGCUACUACAAGCAGGCAACUGAAAUGCUAGUCGCAAGCCCCUACCAACAGUGGUCAAGUAUCAUUGAAUGUGCUCGAAAGCGGUUUGUGGAGAUCGUACAACGCCGCAGAGAAGAGACGGCCCGACGCCGCGAACUCGCCGAGGCAGAGAUGGAGGCCGCUCGACAGGUGGAGGCAACUGUUCGACGAAAAGGAGGGCGACCUAAGUCUGCAUUGACGACGCAGGCUUCUUUUAAGCAUUCGAGUCGUGGCAAAAAACACAAGCGGCGGUAUUCAGGUGCGACAAAUGACACAAAGGAUGACUCUGUGGAACUUCCCCCCAUCAGUGACUACCUGCGGCAGAAGAUGCAGACCGAGGGCCUAAGCAACGCCGCGGUCCCGCUGCUGCGGGUGGUGGACGUGGAAGGCAUGGUCUUGAACGGAAGUCAAGCGCUUGGCGAGACCGCUUUUCCAUUCACAGAGGGUGCAGGCGCAAACAGUGCCGCCAUGGUCUUGCUGUGCGAGGAGACGCCCCUGCAGGUUAUAGAUGAGGCAGAGGUAAAAAAUAUUCCGCCGCCACGGAGGACGAUUUGGUCCCCGAUUGCCAAGAAAAACGACGACAUCGUCGUGACACCGCCACCGAAGGUGAAACAAGCACCUCUGCUUUCUCCGGAGGCGGCAAGUAUUGUGAAGGCGUUUAUGCCGCCACCACUGUCGGAGAAGUCAAUUGAAAAUGCCCAGCGCAGCGUUGCCGCAUUUAAGAAAAUUUUGAAUCAUCGCUUGCUGACGCUGCUGCGGGCCGAAAAGGCGUACGAGGAACGGUGGGAGGCCACAAACAUAGUGAGACGUGCGCUCCUCGCCUUCGCGCUUGCGCAGGAUAUCGUCAAGUUGAAGGUGAGUAUGAAGAUAAAGCGGGAGGCAAGGACGGUUUUGGAGAAUGCGAGUGCGAGGCGAAUAGUGCGAUUCUUCCGUUUGCUCCUUGAGCGGAAAUCUUCCAACGGCAUUCCAAUGCGGGGAGAAGCGCGCGUGAAAUACUUCGAGGAGAAGGCCGCAAUUACCCUGCAGACGUACGCAAGGCGCUGGCUGGCGAUUAAAGAGCUGCGACGGCUUCAGGAGCAACAUCAGACAGAAAUGCGCCGAGUCAUGAAGGUCCAGAGUCUGGUUCGCAUGCAUGCCACGCGGCGGCGCUGCCUCGCCCAAAAGGAGGAAAGAGAUGCGUCGCUGAAGCGUCAGAAGGAGGCGGUGACGCGCGAAUUCGCGGCGACGCAGAUUCAGCGCGCGUAUCGGCGCCAUGCAUACCGGCUCCAUAAGUGGUGCGAGGAAGGAGAGCUGACGCAAUUUAUACUUCACCACUUCAAAUUCUCGCGGGAGUACUACGCGACGCUGAUACAAAAAACGUUCCGCGGAUUUUUAGUGCGGCGUGUUUAUGGCCCGGCCGUGCACGCAAAACGAUGCUACGGGCGAAACUGUUAUCGUGCUGCGCUGCUAAACAAGUGUGCCACAGUUAUCCAGAGCGUAUUCCGGGGGUAUCGCGUGCGCCGCGCUUCCAAGGUGCCCUUGCAGCGGCGCCUGCAGCAGCGUCUACUGAAGCGGGCGAGGGAAAAGGUGAACUUGCAACGACGCCUACAAAAUAAAGCGGCAAGGGUGAUUCAGUGCGCCUACCGAAGCCAUCUGGCGCGGAGGACGGCGGCUAAGCUGAGAGGGAUGCGGGAAAGGGAGCGAUUGCUGCGGCGAAAACGCGUGCACGCGCCGUUCCGGCUGGAGGAACAGGUGUACUGA